AAUCCCUACCAGGCAUGAGGAGUGUAUUUCCUGCCUUGGGCUAGACUCUUCUCCCUCUCCCGCCAGGACUGUAAUUUUAUUUUCCCAUGUGACUCAGGCGUACAGAUGUUUGAUGUUUUUUCUCUUCAGCUUGGAUCAAGAUGAGAGUCUUGUUAAUGCUAUUAACUUUUACCCUGUUUUUUCAUAGUUUCACUGCUGUAGUAAAAAUGAAAGGGAACAGAACAGAUGACACGAUGGGGGCUCAGCAGUCUAAUCACAUGCCCUUUGUGGUGAAAUCCAGCUUCCAUAUGUAUUUCGAGGGCAGUUCACUUGAAGAUACCUGUACAAUCCAACCCUUUCAAUCUGACACACUGUCCGCAUGCAGUUUCAACAGAACAAGUCCUCUGGUCAUUAUAAUUCAUGGCUGGUCGGUAAGUGGGUUAAUGGAGGACUGGGUGUUCAAGUUAGCCUCAGCUUUUAAACGCAGGCUACGGCAUGUCAAUGUUAUCAUCAAUGACUGGCGCCCCCUGGCCCGCCGACCUUAUCCAAUCGCAACUAAGAACAGCAAGCAGGUGGGGCGCGAUGUAGCCAAUCUGCUGGAAUGGCUGAAGGAAAACAGCCAACUCCGAAUGGACAAGGUUCAUCUGAUCGGCUACAGUUUAGGAGCUCAUGUGGCUGGGUUUGCUGGCAACUACAUAAAAGGACCUGGGAAACUUGGACGAAUCACAGGGCUGGAUCCCGCAGGGCCUCAAUUUGAGGGGGCUCCCCCCUCUGAAAGACUGUCCCCUGACGAUGCUAAGUUUGUGGAUGCUAUCCACACCUUUGCAAAGUCCAACAUCGGGCUGGGUGUGGGCAUCAAGCAGACAGUUGGACACAUUGAUUUUUACCCAAAUGGUGGCUCCCCUCAGCCAGGAUGUCAAAUGAUGGAAAUGUACAGCAAUUUAUACCAGUAUGGGCUGCAAGGUUUUCCAAAGACAAUUAAAUGUUCUCACGAGCGCUCAGCACAGCUCUUCACGGACUCUCUGCUGUACAAGGACAGGCAGUGCAGAGCCUACCGUUGCCGUGACGACAACGCAUUUGAUAAGGGCCUGUGUGUAGACUGUAAAAAGAAUCGCUGCAACAUGCUGGGAUACGAUGUCAGAAAGACGUACAGGGGGAGCUCCAAGGGCCUGUACCUGAAAACUCGCUCGCAGACACCUUACAAAGUCUACCAUUACCAGAUCAGGGUUCUCUUAAGCAACCUAAUUGAACCAGUCGAAGCCUCCAUCUCCAUCUUAUUAACUGGAACGAAGGGAGCAAGUCAAGACUUGCCAGUUACCCUGUUUCACGAACAUGCAGGAAAUAAAUCCUACACCUCACUGGUCACUGUGGACUCAGAUCUCGGCAAUCUGACUGGACUAAAGCUGCGUUGGGAGGGAGAGGCUGUGUGGUCCAGCUGGUGGAGGAGAAUGACAAACAUCAUGUCCUUCAGUGGAUCAAGGCAGGACACAGAGCUCGGUGUGCAGAGGAUCCGUCUGAGGGCGGGAGAGACCCAGGAGAAGACUUGGUUCUGUGCCCCAUCAGGUGAUGUCAUUCACCUUAAGCCAUCACAGGAGGGUAUAUUUGUGCGGUGUGAGGAAGGCCCUCAGUCUUCUAAGGCUAGGAUGAAGAGUACUACGCACACACCACCCUCAAAUAUUUAAAAAAAAAAACAACAAAAAACUACCAACUGAUGAACAAACGGGAGAAGCAAUGCCUUACAACGGAUAAUACAUUACUGAGAUUUCUCAGUUCACAGGGGGAGUUUCGCACACUAUCAGAAGUCAGCAAUAUCCAACAGUAACAUUUAAAAUAUUUUCUCCUAUUUUUUUACUCACAUACUUGAUUUGUAAUCCUGCCUGAUGAGAUAUACGACCUAGCACGCACAACAGUGGUCAUUUUCAGUGAAGCUAAAGUCUUGUGGAAGAUGUUAAUAUUUUUUGACUGAUUAUCUAAAUAACUGUUUGUACUGUCAAUGUUAGGUUUUUAAAUUUACCCAACUUGUAAAGCAAAUGCCUAUUUGAUUAGGCUCUGUAAGUAAACUAUGCAUCCUAUCCACCAGUACACCUAAACAUUCCACAGAUUCUGCCAGUUAACGUUAAAAAAAAACCCCACACACACACAAGUCACUGUUGUAGAAUACUGAAUGUAGUCUAUAUUCAAAACAAAAAUCGUUUCAACUGAGUCUUUUUAUUAAUGCAUUUCAAGUACUCCAAAAAAUUACAUCUCUUUGCACAAUACGUUUUGAAAUGUUAAGUAAAAAUGUUCAAAGUGAACAAAAAUUUAGGUACUGUAUAAAACACAGUGAACAUUAACAUCAGACAGUAGUAUUAA